CAUUUCUUACAAAUAUCAAUUUUUUCUCUCUCUAAAAAUUCACUCUCUCUCUAAAAAAAAUUAAUUUAAUAAUCAUCAGAUUCAAAUCAUUCCUAAAUUUUGAAUUUAAUUUAUAACUUAACGAUGACAAAUUCGAGAAACGGCAACGAUUUCUCCAACGGCGACGACUUCACCGAGCCGUCGUCGUUUUCAACCGGAGUUGAAACCUCAACCGUUAGAUCUGAAUUAACGGAGAGAUUAACGGACAUUCUCGUCGAAGAAGGAGACGGAGAUUUGCUCCUUCAAAGAAGCGAUCGUGAAGAUAGGGUUUUGGUGUGGUUACAAGCUUUAGAUAUGCAAGUUAUGGGAGCUUGUAGAGCCGACGAGAGGUUAAAACCGCUGUUAAAAAUGAAUGCGUCUUGCGGAAUCGCUGAGGAUAGCCUUCUAGCACAUCUCAGUCAGCAUUUUGAACCGUCGGAAGUUGGAAUUUUAGCUCGGUGUUUUUGUAUUCCGUUGGUUUCGAUUCGUGUUGGCAAGAUUAAUAAGCAAGGGACUCUGUUAUGUCCUACAUCUUCAAGGGGGAAUUUGAAUCUUACUUUGUUACCAACAUCUGAUUUGCGCCUGUCUUUCAUUGGAGAUGAUGGUCAUGCAGAAAGGCUAUUCACCCUAAGCAGUAAGGCACAGGGUCCUGCAGUCAAAGUUGAUGAGAUCUCAGCAGACAGCUCUGGCCGGUCUUUCAUUAUAAAAAUAGCAGAUGGUAGAGACUUCCAUUUUUGGUGCUCAGAGAAAUCCAAACUUUUGGGAAUCGAAUUGCUUGCCAAGAUGAAGGAUAUACUCAGGAGGAGGCCAUCUAUAGUUGACUUAACUGGAAUUAGUGAGUCACGCCUUGGUUGCUUUGCAACUCACCUCCGGGCCUUUCUUGUGGGAAGUGGCACUCGAGAAAAUGCUGCGCACUUACCUAUCUCUUCCUCUUCCUCUACAACUGAAUGUGAAGUUUCAUCCAAGUCGUUGCGUUCCCGAUACAUUGGGAGUCAAGCAGUUAAAGCAAAUGCAUCGUAUCAGGGAAGCCUCAGUCCAAGAUCAAGUUCUUUUAAAGAGGGUCUGCCUAAAAGCUUGUCUUCUUUAAGAACCCGGGAAAAGUUAAAGCGUCGCGGCGAUGGGCAUUUGUCAGCAGUUGAUAGCCUGAUGAUUCCGUUUCCAUGCGAGAAGGAUGAAUCUAGCUCUAAUGUAACUGAAGAUGUGAAGCCGACUGAAAUUAAAAGUUCCCCUGUAACACCACCAUCUAGUUUUCUUGAGUCACUCGGAAAAUUAGCUAUUCCACCAAUUCUAAGUUCCGGGUUCCCUGUCACUAUUUCGAAUCCGCCUCUUGCCUCUCCUUACUAUUGUUGGUGCCCACUCGGUACUUCAACCGUGCAGUUCCCUUCAGCGUCUUCACAACUCAGCGUCUCAUCUAUUGAAUCAUCCCCUUUGCUUCCACCUCUUUCCUCAUUAUUAUCGGCAAGUCUACCCUCGAGCAUCUUUACUCCUACGCCUCCUCUUAGUCUGGCUGAUAUCCCUAAAUUGGAUUUUCCAGCCUUUCUGCCAGACCCGUUGCUUCGAUUACCUAUGUCUAGUACUCCGCAAUUCCCAACCUUUACUCCUUUAAUGUGUGAUCCAAUUGUUCAUAUUCCAGUCAUCGAUGUUUGCUCCUCCGGUCAAGGUUACCUGGUUAGUGCUGGUCCUUGUAUUUCUAGCACUAUUCCACCAUUGCACCCGUUAAUUCCCGAGACCGAUUCUUUGUUGGAAAAAGGUGCGAGAGAGACUUUGCGACUGCUCAUGAGCAGUUCGGCUCAGGUUAACCAUCCGCAGUUGCUGAAUGUGCUGCCUGCUGUAUUGACCAGUACUGGGGAGAAACAGUGUAUACUUGCUGUUGGAAGCCGAGGCUUGUACACCGGAUCUAGCGAUGUGGAUGCGAUCAUGAACCGUAUGGCGAGAAUUGGCUUGGUUUCCUUGUCUCAGAGCACUAUAACGGAAAUUAAUGCAGCGGCCGUCGGCAACUGUGACAAUGUGGAUGGUGUAUUAGACGAUUUCGGAGACGAGCCAAAUUGCUCAUACUCUACGGAUGAAAGAGGGGACUGUUGAUUGAUGUAGCAAAUAUUUUGGAUUUGAAUUUUUCACUUGUAGAUGUUCUUGAAAAUGUAGAUACGUGUAGCUGCAGCCCUGGUUUUUUGAAGUGUAAUUAGUGCAGAUACUGCCAUUUAUUGGGCAUAUGUUAAAGCUUUUUAGUUUUUAUCAUUAUUUUUUCUAGUUUUUAUUUUGAUAGAAUGAAACUUUGUUGACAUGUUUCAGUUCUAUAAAAUAGAUUUGCUGGUUUUAGCUUGUAAA